CUCGCAUGCACAUAUCGCUGGCUGCUUCUCUCACACGACUACCCUGUAUAGGCCGUCUUUUCCAGGUGUGUUCGGUGACCAUAAAUCAGCAUGGCCACCAACAGCAUCUACAAGAAUAAUGCUCUGAACCCUCAAGAGGUCUCCAGCAUCACCAAGAUGCUGUCCAUGGGGAAUGUCUUGACGCGUUUCUUUGGGAAGAAGAAACCAGAGAAGAGAUCCUUUGAAAUCAGCAUGGACACAAGACAAAUCCUGUGGAGACGGCAAACAGGAAGGACUGAUGGUGCUGUUAAAAUCCGAAUGAUCAAAGAAAUACGUCCCGGCAAGAACUCCAGAGACUUUGAGCGAUGGCCAGAAGAGGCCAAGAAACACGAUGCGUCUGUCUGCUUCAUCAUAUUCUACGGAGCAGAGUUCAGACUAAAGAGUCUGUCAGUUGUCGCAAGCAAUGCAGACGAACGUCACAAGUGGAUCGUCGGACUAAAUUGGCUUGUAGAAGAGAGCAAGACUUCCAGUUACCCCAUCAAACUAGAAUGGUGGCUACGAAGAGAGUUCUAUGCCAUGGGGAAAUCAAAAACUGACUUGGUGUCUCUAAGAGACUUGAAAUCAUUCAUGCCGUGCGUCAAUCUCAAAGUAAACACCAAGGACCUCAAGGAAUACUUCAGUGAGGUGGACAGAUGGAACAAACAAGAAAUCGGAUUUGAAGGAUUCUCUCAGCUCUACCAUAACCUUAUAUUCCAGAGGGAGGUUGCAGAUCGAUUCAAAGAUUACAUCGAUGAACGAAAUUUGGUGACCGUCAAUGGCAUGAUCCGAUUUCUUGCUGAAGAACAAAAGGACACAUUGGCCAAUAAUCCAAUUGCAGUGAGGGAAUCUAUGAGAUCGUUCCUGUCUGGCCUUAGCCGUGGCUCUCCUGAUGCAGAACCUAGCUUCACUGUUCCUGAGUUUCUUCUCUACCUGUUUUCUCCGGAAAAUGAAUGUUGGGACGUAAAAUUUGAUAAAAUCACGGACGACUUGAACCAGCCACUUUGCCAUUAUCUUGUUGCGUCUUCUCACAACACAUAUCUAACGGGAGAUCAGAUAGCCAGUGAGUCUUCAUGUGAGGCAUAUGUACGAUGUCUACGCAUGGGAUGCAGAUGCCUUGAACUGGAUUGUUGGGACGGACCAGAGGGACUUCCAAUCAUUUAUCAUGGCCUCACUUUGACAUCUAAAAUUAAAUUCCUAGACGUCUUGAGGACGAUAAAAGAGCACGCUUGGGUACAGUCUGAAUUGCCAAUUAUUUUAUCCAUUGAGAAUCACUGCAGUUUGCAGCAGCAACGCAACAUGGCCACUUUAUUCCAGGAGGUCUUUGGGGACGCCCUGUUGACUCAGCCGGUGAAUCGAGAGGCAACUAUACUACCCACUGUCAACGAUCUCAAACGUAAAAUCAUCUUGAAGCACAAGAAGCUAUCUGGUACUAACGAGACUUUCACAGUUCCUGAUGAAGAAAUAACUGGCCUGGAUCUGAGGAAUUCGUUGAAGAAUGGAAUACUGAAGUUGGAAGACCCCAUUGAUAAUGAAUGGGUUCCCCACUACUUUGUGCUGACGGCAGAGAAACUAUUUUAUUCUGAGCAAACGGAGACCCUCGGCAACCAAGAUGACGAUGACGACACAAGCAGCCAGCUGGACUUGCAAACAACUUCCAACGAUGAGCUGCAUUUCUCUGAGCCGUGGUUCCAUGGUAAACUAAACACAAACAGCACCAUCCCACCACGCAUGCUGGCCGAGCAACUCUUGCAGCAGUACCAGAAGGGAGAAGGGACAUUCCUGGUCAGGGAGAGCGAAACAUUCAAGGGAGACUACUCACUCUCAUUCUGGGCUCGAGGGAAGGUCAACCACUGCCGAAUCAGGUACCGGUUAGAUCAGAGCCGUCCCAAGUAUUUCCUGGUGGAGCAUACCUGCUUCGACAGCCUCUACAGCCUCAUCUCACACUACAGACAGUGUCCCUUACGCAGUAAGGGUAUGGAACUACUACUCACUGAGCCUGUCCCACAACCCAUGAGCCAUGAGGGUAAAGAAUGGUUCCAUCAGAAGCUUAAGCGUGUUCAAGCUGAGGAGAUGUUGAAGCGAGUUCAUCAAGAUGGAUCCUUCUUAGUUCGUAAGAGGGAACAAGAAGACGACUCUUAUGCUAUAUCAUUCAGAGCCGAGGGCAAAAUAAAACAUUGUCGAAUAAAUCAAGAAGGACGUCUAUUUGCCAUCGGCAAUGCCCACUUUGAGGACAUCUGUGAGUUGGUCUCGUACUACGAGAAGUUUGCCCUGUACCGCAAGAUGAAACUCAAGUACCCCGUCAACCAGGACAUCGUUGAUAGGGUCGGAGGGCAUGCUGAUGAAGGGUCAUUGUACGGGAACCCUGAGCUCUACAUGGAUCCCAACCAGUUCAUUCCCAAGGUGACAGUGAAGGCUUUGUAUGACUACAAGGCACAACGUGAUGAUGAACUGUCCUUCUGCAAGCAUGCCAUCAUUACCAAUGUCGACAGACAAGAUCAUGGAUGGUGGCAAGGUGACUAUGGUGGUAAGAAGAACAUGUGGUUUCCAUGUAACUACGUCGAGGAGACUCAACCCAAUGACGCAGGCAGUCCAGAGUCUACGCUACUAGGUACUCUACAGAAAGGAUCUAUCGAUAUCAGAGGCUGCAGUGUGGAGACGUUCCCUGGAUCACGCACCACCCAUCCCAACGUCUUCCGCAUUACCCGCUUGAACCAUAGACCCUCCAUAGAGCUGGCGGCAUCGUCAAGUGAAGAUCUCAGCGAUUGGAUUCAGAUGAUUGAGACUGCUGCUAUUAGGGCUGAGGAAAGGAAACAAGAUCAGAAUAAACAUGAGCGCAAGAUGCGUAUCGCAAAGGAAUUCUCUGAUCUGAUCGUCUACUGCAGAGCAGUUCCUUUCCGAGAAGAAAACAUUCCUGGCAACUAUUUUGAGAUGUCUUCAUUCCCAGAGACUAAAGUGGAGCGCUAUCUUGCCGCAGGCAAGUCCAAGACCCUGUUGGAGUAUAACAGACACCAGGUCAGCCGAACCUAUCCUAAAGGACAACGCUUUGACUCAUCUAACUAUGAUCCAGUUCCCAUCUGGACAUGUGGUUCUCAAAUGGUCUCUCUCAACUACCAAACCCCAGAUCGCUACAUGCAAAUCAACGAGGGACUGUUUUCUCUAAAUGGUCGCUGUGGUUACGUCUUGAAGCCUCCCUGCAUGCAAGAGCCGAACUUUGACCCCUAUGAACCCCGUUCCAUUACUGGUGUGGACCCAAUUCAUCUAACUAUAACGAUUUUGGCUGCCAGACAUUUGGAGAAGACGGGUCGCUCCAUCGCCAGCCCCUUUGUUGAAGUUGAAAUCAUCGGGAUUGAGCGUGACAGCUCGCAAAAAUACAAAACGCAGACAAUUGCUGACAAUGGUUUCAACCCCUUCUUCAAUGAGCGCUGUGAAUUCGACAUCGUCAAUAGAGACCUGGCCUUCAUCCGCUUUGUGGUACAGGAUGAAGAUAUGUUUGGUGACCCUAACUUCCUGGGUCAACGAACUAUGCCGCUGAAGGCAAUCCGAACAGGGUAUCGCUCCGUGCCGUUACUUAACGGCCACUCAGAGGUUUUAGAGCUAGCCUCGCUGCUAGUCCACGUUGAAACCAGGGUUAUAGGGGAGUGUGGUGACAAUGAGCUCUAUGCAUCCAUCCAAUGUUUGAGGGAUCGAACGCAAGAGUUGACUCGCCAGAUUGGGGAGAUUAACUACCCCACUGCAGAGCCCCGAGCAGCCCAGACUGUCCAGGUUAAAAAUGCAGAGCUAGAACAGGUCCAAAAGAAGCUCUUCAAACUUACUGAACAAAGAAGUGCAAAACUAAAGAAGACAUAUAGUUCCAGCACUUGAGCAGUGUGUUAUCAAGUACAGCCAGUGCAACAGGCCAGAACCGGAUCAAACCAGUCAAGACCAGCACAAGCAAGUUGAACAACAUUUUGGGAGCUGUUCAAUCUAGGUCACCUACAAGGUUGUAUGACCAUAGCAACUGGAAACCACAAAACACCACAAGAAACACAAAACCAAUCUGCAUUAUUUUAUGUGGGAUUUUGUCAAUAAUGACCUUUGACCUACUUAUAAACAAUAUAAUUUGUUUGUUUGUUUGUUUGUUUGUUUGUUUGUUUUUGUUUGUUUGUUUGUUUGUUUGUUUGUUUUUGUAAAUAGAGAGUAUCCUCCCAGAACACUUCUAACAACAGUUGUGUCUCCGGGUAUAAAUAAUCUUAAGUAUUUUGAAAGAGUUAAAACAUAAAUCUGUGUCUUUCUAAUAUCAGUUAAUAAUCAAUGCACAUGAUUUUUUUUUCUUUUCAGAAAAACAUCAGUAGCUAUCUAAAUAAUCAAAUCAAUCAUGAAAACUUGAUUUGAAUACAUAUCACACUUUGUUAUAUAAUAUUGUAAUGUAAAGAAAUGCAUGCCACAAUAUGCCUCAAGCAUGAAUGUAACAAACCUUCAAAGUGAAGACACUUUGGGCUGAAACACUAAGCAGAAAAUAAAAGAGCAUUAAAUGCAACAAAAUUUUCCGAAAAUGUUCUUGAUGGAACUUUUUUUAAAGUUAGAAUGAUCCAAUUUAACCUUUUCUGUAGCAGUCUAUAAGUUCCAGUUAUACCCACAAGUGCACUACCUAAUGGCCCCAUUUAUCAUAUCAAUCACAAGACAUUAUAAUCAUUUCCAUUUCUAAAUUUGUGCAAAGAGCUAAGAAACGUUUAUUUAAAACCUGAAAAAUAUCUUGUAAUGUAUUUACAGUUAUAGAAGAAACUGUGUACGAAUCGCAACUUCUUCAGUUUUUUGUUUUGUUUUCAAUUUUGUUAUCAGAGUAUAUAUUUCUGACAUCGGAUAUUUGUUUUGUAAAAAUGAAAAAUAGAGAAGAGAAAAAAAAUGCAAAUUCUUUUAAAAGAAGAACUGACCUAUGGUAAAAUGCUAUCAGAUUUGAGUUUGCGGUGAAAGUAGCAUGGUGCUACCGCAUAUAUCAUUCGUAUCUUACUUAAAAUUAGUUGACAAGUUUCUCAAACUAGUUUUUAAUCUUGAGAAUUAAAAUUAUGAUAAUUAAGCAACAAGAUGGCUUAACUUGUGUACAAAAAAAUCUAUUAAUCUGAAAGGUUGUGCACAACAU